GCAUCUCCGUUACGGAGUCGGCUCUCGGUCAAUGCACGAAGGCAUGGGGAGGCAGAUCUUGAGGGAAAGGAGCUGUCCGCUUUUCCCGAUGGCUCAGUGAGUGAGGAUGCGACUCCCCAGUUCGAUAUUUGUGUCGGUGUCUCUGUUCACAGCCGAAACAACGGCAGCCCUCUAUCUGAGCUCGACGUACCGCUCCCACGGUGACCAGAUUUGGCAGGGUCUCACGCUCCUUUUUACGCUUGUGCCGUCGGUGCUCGUGCAGCUGACCCUCACUUUCAUUCACCGGGACCUCAGCAGAGAUCGACCGCUAGUGCUUCUGCUGCAUAUUCUACAACUCGGACCCAUUGUGAGGUGUCUGGAGGCCUUCUGCAUCUACGGAAGCGUGGGCCGCGUCGAGGAGCCCUAUGUCAGCAUCACCAGGAAGAGGAAGGUGCCCCGGGGGGGGCAGUCGGAGGAGGUGGAGCGGCAGGUGGGACAGGCGGAGGGGAAGCUGUUCACGCACCGAGCAGCCUUCGCCAGGACCUCGGUCAUCCAGGCCUUCCUGGGCUCGGCACCCCAGCUUACCCUGCAGCUGUACAUCUGCAUCCUGCAGCGGGAGGUGUCCGUCGGCAGAGGCACCUUGAUGGUGAUCUCCCUGCUGUCGAUAGUUUACGGCGCGCUCCGCUGCAAUAUCCUGGCCAUCAAGAUAAAGUACGACGACUACGAGGUGGACGUCAGCCCCGGAGCCUACCUCUGCAUCUUCCUGUGGCGGAGCUUUGAGAUCGCCACCCGCGUCACCGUCCUGGUCCUGUUCAGCUCCGUGCUGCAGCUCUGGGUCCUCCCCGUCGUCCUCUUCAACUUCCUGCUUUUCUUCCUCUACCCCUGGGUGCUGUUCUGGCAGAGCCACUCCCCCUUCCCGGAGAACAUCGAGAAGACUCUGACCCGGGUAGGGACCACCAUCGUCCUCUGCCUGCUCACGUUCCUCUACGCUGGGAUCAACAUGUACUGCUGGUCGGCCGUACAGCUGAAGCUCAACGACCCGGAUCUGAUCAACAAGUCCCAGAACUGGUACCGCAUGGCCGUGUACUACAUGCUGCGCUUCGCCGAGAACGCCUCGCUUCUCCUCCUCUGGUACGUCAACAAGACGGACUUCUACGAGUUUGUGUGCGCCCCGCUCUUAGUGCUGCAGCUGCUGCUGGCCUACGCCAUGGCCAUCUUCUUCAUGCUGAUGUUCUACCAGUUCUGCCACCCCUGCAGGAAGCUCUUCUCCUCCAACAUGACCCAGGGACUCUGGGACUGCUCCGCCCUGCUCUGCCUCAUCUGCCAAUCAAACCCAGAGAGGAUAGAGGCCAGGCCGAGGGAGAAGGCUGCUCUGGAACCACCGGGUCCUGAUCCCACCAACCACAAAGAGGCAGCCAGUGAGACACACAUGUCAUAUGAUGAGCCCAAUGACACGACAAUGUAUGACACGAUGGACGAGACGGUGGCCUAUGAUAUACUCGAUGACUUGGACCAGGAAGUAAAGAAGGAGAUGAAUGGUGAUCUGUCUGGCCAUUGUACAGCCUGAUUUUAUAUUCUACACAUAUAGUGAAGGUCAUACAUGCUAAAAUGCCAUCCUGCAUACUUGCCUUGUUGAAAUACUGAAAAGUAUGAUGGGAACUCAUUUGCCCUACAACACGGAUGCAAGGACACAAGGUCACCAUUUUGCGUAGCUUACUUGCAUGGAGUUCCAAUCAAGCGUGACAAGACGUGAUUGGUAGCGUUUCAUCUUGAAAAGACUGGCUGGCUCAUAGAGAAUACCACACUGUGUUCUCUAUGGCAACACAACUUGUACUGUCUGUCCCCCUUUGAAACCCUUUAAGUGCCACACUGAUCAUCAAGGCUGUCAUUUAAGUUUACACUCCGAAACUCUUAAGAUCUUCACCUCAUAUCCAACCUGACCUUUCUCUUUGGACAAAAUGUUUUUGUCUAAAACCCUUGUAUUGAACCUGAAUAACUAAGCUAAGAGUGCAUCUUUAACUUGGGAAAGGAAAAUGGCGGCAUAUUAUCAAACAUUGUAUUGAAGGCAUUUAAAGACCAGGCAAUGUAUAAUCUAGGAAUUUUUGCAAAUAACUUUAUUGAUACUAAAGUCUUGGAGUCCUAUCCCAAAGUUCAUUGUUGCUGGCCUUCUAAGCCCCUGAGAUCUUACAUGAGGGACUUCCCAGCUGCAGACUGGAUAACCUUAGGAAAAUAGGGUUUUACUUGGCUCAACUCCACACAACCAGCAACCAUGGCCCAGCUGUAUUAACACGUGACCUCACUUUGCGUUCAUGUCCAGAUGAUGUUUCAGAACCACUCCACUUACUGUAUGUGUUCUCGAUCUGAGUGGAUCAGCUGCGUAUAGGUGAAGUUAUGAGUGUGACUGCACGGGUCCUAUGAGAACGUGAGCUGGAGACGUGAGCUUUCCUGCCUUACCCUGUUUAGGCCUACGCAAGAAUCCAGGAAGAACUGCUUUGUAACUCUGAGGCAAAAUGUUAUGUAGACAUAGCUGGGGACAAUCUAGGUUCAGAUGACUUGUUUCUUAAAGGGAAGGAGAAAGGAAAGACUGUGUGAUUUAGAGAGUUUCAUUUGAUGCCCAGAGUAAUCUGCUCCGGUUGAUAGAGGAGGAUGCAGAGUUGUAUUUUGCCACCUUAGCCUUGUUAUAAGUAGAUUUAGACGGCCUUCACCCUCUCUCACAUCCAUUUAAUAUGCUGCAUUAUUGACCACGAGGAGCCAUGUUAUGGGUAUGAUUGUAUUGAAGGGUUUCACAUCAACAUGGGGGGGAACUGUGCAUGUACUGAGCCUAAUACUAAAAACAGAAUCUCAUCGGAGGACACUCUGUAUGACUGUAAAUAUCUGUGGAGUUGGAAAACGAUUUUGUACAAGGUUAUUUCUUAAUCUUUUACUUUCACGGCUGAGACCAAGUAUUUGCUUUUAUACUUCCUGAUAAGAGCUUUAUCAUAAUGUGCUGCUUUUGUGACGUGUGUGUUUGUGCUUGUGGUGAUCGAGACAUACGAGAGGGGGGGUCUCUUCAAUAUGCACUGUGGUAUUAUGAUGGACUAACCCAGCUCCUAUCUAACACAUACAGUAUGUUAAUGCAUGACAACUGCCACACAUCCUCAGCUCUCCACGCGUCACACGCCUGCACGUUCACAGCACGAUUCCCACCGAGCAUUUGUGUUGCUCUUGGUUCGGCUUGCGAGAGCAGCAGUGCUGUUGUUGUGAGAUGUUUUGAUUGGAUGUAAUUGGUGCUUAUUUGCUAAACCAUGCUGUUGUGUCUUUCUGUCCACAAAUGCUGAUUACGUUUCCUUACUAUAGGAACUAUCAGUACGCUGAAUUGCACAAUAUCUAUUUUAAAAGUCAUUGAUGUAUGGGAUGGUAAAACGUGUCUUUAGCCUAGAUAGUAUCUUAAUAUGUAUUCAUGUGUUUUUACAUUUUGUGCAUAGUUUUUUUUCCUUUCUUUUGCAUUGCAGUUGCACAAGGAUUCUCAACGUCAAGUAUUCCAAUGAUGGUCUGCAUUGUAUGUAUAAAAAGAGAAACAAUCCUUGGAGCCAAAAGGAAUUUGGAAACCUAAUGUUAAUACAAAACAGAGGUCAAAUUAUUAAAAGUUGUAUUUAAAAGAUUACUAUUUCUAUAGAGAUUUGAUGUAAAGUAAUUUCAUGUGUGCACUUUAAUCAUACACCUUUUGUAUAAGGUUACACUGACCUCUGGUGGUAAACUACAGAAUCCUUUCUGAGACAACAUGAAGAGUUAAGAUCCCCAGGAAAAUAAAAUCGAUCUUGGUUCAGA